AAUUGAGGAAAAAAAUGAACAUAAUUUAAAUUGAACACUUUUUUUAUGUUGGUCAUACAAAUACUCUGUCUUAGUGAAUUAAACAAAAACAAUUUUUAAGAAAAAAAAUGGAACAAACCAAAGAAUUUGAUAUUAAAAUUUGUUGGCUACAAAUUGAUGGUCUUAGCUGUCAUACAUGUAUAAAUACAAUAAAGAAAAAUUUAGCCAAUUUACAUGGUUGUUCGGUUAAUAUUGAAAUCUAUUUGGAAGAUGGAAAAGCAUUUGUUGAAUUUGAUCCACAAUCCAUUCGAAUUGAUAAUAUUAUCGAAAAAAUUGAAGAAUUAGGAUUCGAUUGUCGUCUAUUGGAUGAUGAUGAUGAUGAUGAUGAUAAUGAAAUUAAUAGUGAUUCAAAAAUCGAUAAAUUUACCGUAUUGGUCAAUGGAAUGACAUGUAAAUCAUGUACGAAUAAUAUUGAAACGAAUCUAAUGAAAAUUGAUGGUAUCAAAAAUGUCGUGGCUGAUCUCCAUACCAAACAAGUUUCUGUUACAUAUCAAUCUACAUUGAUCACAAAACAUGUGAUUCUUGAUCGGAUUGAAUGUCUUGGUUUUGAAUAUCAAACUGAAUCUGAAACGGUGAAAAAAGAUUCAAACAUUGACAAUGCUACUGUGGAAACAGCAGAACAAAUCAAAACAACAUCAUUGCCGGUAAUGGAUAAAGAACAAGAGAAUUCAAGAAAAUUUUUAAACAAAUGUUUCAUCACCAUAACUGGUAUGACUUGUUCAUCGUGUGUAGCAAAAAUUGAACGUAAUCUAUCGAAAAUAACUGGAAUACAUGGAAUACUCGUUGCAUUAUUGAAUCAAAAAGCUGAAGUUCUUUAUGAUCCUGGUUGUAUGGAUUCGAAUCGAAUUAUUCAAUCAAUAAUUGAUCUUGGAUUUGAUGCUAAACUUAUUGUUGAUAAUAUUCAUGAUUCGAAUGGUGAAUUAUAUGAACUUUGUUUAUCUAUACCUGACGUAUCAUCAUUAUCAUUAUCAAAUCCAUUACAAAUUGAAUCUACAUUGGAACAAACUGUGGGUAUAAAAUCGGCAAAAUUUGUACCAUCAUCAUCAAAUCAAUUAAAUAUUCAAUAUUAUGGUGAUCAAAUUGGUGCACGAGAAAUUGUACGAAUAAUAAAAUCAUUAGGAUAUAAUUCAUAUCCAUUGGAUUGUGAUCGAAAACAACAGGCUGAACAUCGCCAGCUACAACAUCGUGAAUUAUUACAUUGGCGACAUUCAUUUCUAUUUUCUCUGGGAUUUUUCAUACCAUCAAUGGUUCUUAUGAUAAAUCAUAUGACUAGUGAACAUUCAUUUCAUGAACAUCUAUUAUUACCCGGUUGGUCAAAGGCAAAUUUUCUUCAAUUUUUGCUUGCAACACCUGUACAAUUUUAUGGUGCAAGAUAUUUCUAUUAUCAAGCAUAUAAAGCGAUUAAAUAUCGUUCACCAAACAUGGAUGUAUUGAUCAUGUUGGCUACGACUGUUGCAUAUUUCUAUAGUUUUUUUGUAUCCAUAUAUUUCAUGAUAAUCGGUGCUGAUCGUAGUCCGAAAACAUUUUUCGAAACACCACCAAUGUUAUUAACAUUUGUAUCAUUAGGCCGUUGGCUUGAACAUAUCGCACGUGGUAAAACAUCCGAAGCAUUAACACGUUUAAUGUCAUUGAAAGCAACAGAAGCAAUACUAGUCGAAAUGGAUGAAAAUAAAAAUAUAAUCAAUGAAAUGGCCAUUGAUAUUCAAUUAGUUCAACGUGGUGAUAUGAUCAAAGUGUUACCUGGUACAAAAAUUCCUGUCGAUGGUCGUGUAUUUGAUGGUACAUCAACAGUGGAUGAAAGUUUGAUUACCGGUGAAUCACGUGCGGUUAUAAAAACAGCCGGUUCUUCAGUGAUUGGUGGAUCAAUCAAUAUGAAUGGAACAUUAUUGAUUUGUGCAACACAUAUUGGUCGUCAAUCAACAUUAGCAUCAAUUGUUGAUCUAGUUGAACAAGCACAAACCGAUAAAGCACCUAUACAACAAUUGGCUGAUCGUAUUGCCGGUAUUUUUGUACCUGUCGUCAUCUUUUUAUCAGCAUUGACAUUGAUCAUUUGGAUUAUCGUUGGCCAUAAAAAUUUAAAUAUAAUUCAAACAUAUAACAUUGAACAUCGAUAUACGAAAAUGUCAUCCAUGGAAAUGAUUUGGCAAUUUGCAUUUCAAUGUGCCAUCACUGUAUUGUUGAUUGCAUGUCCAUGUUCAUUAGGUCUGGCAACACCAACAGCUGUUAUGGUUGGAACCGGUGUUGGUGCUUUAAACGGAAUACUCAUAAAAGGUGGUAGUGCAUUAGAAAAUUUCUGUAAAAUUAAUUGUCUGGUAUUCGAUAAAACCGGUACAAUAACAUAUGGAUCACCACAAGUUACACAAGUAUUUUUAUUCGCACCAACCAACGUGAAUGUUAUCGAUCAUUUCAAAAGAAUAUUUUUAGCUAUAUGGAGUGCUGAAAAUCAAUCAGAACAUCCAAUUGCAAGAUCAUUAGUGAAAUAUUGUCAAAAUAUUUUCGAUUAUCAACAACGUUUAUGUCGAUGUGAAGAUUUCCAAUCAGAAAGUGGUUCUGGUAUUCGUUGUCGAAUUUCCAUGGAAGAAUUUAAUCGACAAUUGACAACAUUUCAACCGAAAUCUGUCUGCAUUAAAAUCGACAAUAAUAAUAGCAACAAUUUUGGAACAAAACAAUUUUCCAUUGGUAAUUCAAUUGUUACAACGGUAGAAUCGAUGGAGAAUUCCUUUUCAUUAAUUUCCAAAACAACAGAUCUAGUGAUUCUAAUUGGUAACAAAGAAUGGAUGAUAAAAAAUAAUGUCAACAUUUGUAAAAAAGUUCAAAUUGUAAUCGAUGAAAUGGAACGACAAGGAUCGACCAUUGCUUUAGUAGCCAUGAAUGAAAUAAUCGUAUCAGUAAUAUCGAUGUCUGAUACGAUUAAAAUGGAUGCAAGACAAACAAUUCGUGAACUAAGACGUCGACGUCCAAAUCUUAGGAUAAUGAUGAUGACUGGUGAUAAUGAACGUGCAGCACGUAAAGUUGCCCGUCAAAUUGGUAUCGAUCGUGAAGAUGUUAUUGCCAAAAUAUUACCAUCAAAUAAAACGGAAAUUGUUCGCCAAUUACAAUUGAAAGGUCAUUGUGUAGGAAUGGUUGGUGAUGGUAUCAAUGAUUCACCUGCAUUGGCACGUGCCGAUAUUGGUAUUGCAUUUUCCACUGGUACGGAUGUUGCUUGUGAAGCAGCCGAUAUAAUACUCAUUAAUAAUGAUCUCUAUGAUAUUGUUGAUGCUUGGGAUCUAAGCUAUCGUACUGUACAUCGAAUACGAACAAAUAUUGCAUUUGCAAGUGUUUAUAAUCUAAUUGGUAUACCAAUGGCAGCUGGUAUUUUUCUACCAUGGGGUAUUGUAUUAAAACCAUGGAUGGGAUCAGCUGCAAUGACAUUAUCAUCAAUAUCGGUUGUAUGUUCAUCAUUAUUAUUGAAACGAUGGCAUCGAUCAACAUUGAAACAUACCAAUGAUAAUAUUGAUCACCAUUAUAAUCGAUUUAAUGAUUCUGAUAAUGAUAGUGAUGAACAAAAAUCAUCAUCAUCAUCAUCAUCAUCAUCUGAAGAAAUGAAAUUAUUUACAUUUCGUGAAAAAAAUGUCCAUUUAUCAAAAAUUCUAAGUUUAAUGCCAUUAUAUAGUCGUCGUAAAAUUAUUAAUGAUAAUUUAUCAAUUAAUACUAAUGGCUAUCGUCCAUUGAAUCAAAGCGAUGAUGAUGAUGAUGAUGAUGUUUACAAUGACGACGACGACGAUGAUGAUAAUGAUGGUGUUUGUAUCGCUUAAAUGGUAUGUGAACAGCAACCAUAAUUGUUGAAUUUGAAAAAUUAUUUAUAUUCCAAAUUUUUUUUUUCGUUACGUAAAAACAAAUUUUUUUUUA